GGUUCGGUUGCGGAAUGUUUACAUGAUUUCAUUCCAUCAUAAACCUUUGGAAAAAGUUGUUCACGAUGAAAACGUCCGAUAAAAAGAGUGCCAACAAAACCAGAAAGAAUGUACUGGUUCAACCUUUAAGAAUAAAAUUACCGAAACUAUACGAUGAAAGCGCCGAGCUGUACUCGUUACUGGAACCGGUGGAGAGGAAGUACAUCGUAACCGGAACCAAUAGUGUCGUUAAGCUCUUGGAAAAUAGCCAAGCUGUCGCCCUUCUUAUACCCAGCACGUACCAUCCAAAGGAAUUUGCACAAAUCCUCAUCAGCAUGGCCCGCCAACGAAAUCCAUCCAUCCUCGUAGCAGUAGUGUCUUGGGAAAACACAUUUAAACACCCGAACCAUAUGAUGGCACUGACCUGCCCAAACGAGGAAGUACAAUCGCCCGCCCUGAAUGGUUUCCUACUCCGCCUGAAGGAUUUAUUGCUGGAACAAGGUUGGUGUGAGGAACAGCACAACGUUUCCAUGCCGGAAGCGGCAACGAGAGUAAAGAAAAUCGACGAACCUAUGACGGAGGAAGAGGUGAGCAAACUGUACAUCUUGGAACCGGUAUCGGGAAAUGGCGCUGGGAAAAGAAAACGCGAGGAUCCGUUCAAGUCGGCCGAUUUUAUUUCAUUCUCCGAUACCGACAAACUCAUCACCAUCAAGAGUAAGCCAACCAAAACCCGACCGAAUCAGCAGCUGAUCGAUCGGAAGGCGGGCAAGAAGUCCUACAUACCGCUUACAGUUAAUGUGGUACAGGGUAAUCCCAACCGACAGGAGCAGAUGAAGACGAAGAAGAAGAAAAAGAAACUAACUUCACAAUAAAACACUCUGCCCGCUGUUCUCCCUCCGGAUCGAAUCGAACCCCCGUUUUUCUCAUUACUAUGAUCCAAUGACCACGUCCUCCGAACCUACAACGCCCAAACACGCACAUAGUCAACCAGUAGGGACGCCUCGACGCUUUCGUUCUCCUCCAGCUUCCACGUCGGCAACCAGUUGGAGCGUGCGUUCCAGAAAUCACGCGCUGCCGUCGGCGAGUUAUUGAUCCACGGUUUGUUACCGUUCGCAUUCACGGCCGGCGGGGUAUCGGGGAAGUAACCGUUCGUACCACCGACGGCCAGAUUCAUGAGGAUGUAAAACUCCUGAUCGAACGGUGCCAUCUUUCCGCCGGAAACCCACGGAUUCGAUGCAUUCGGGUCGCGCUGCUGGAACUGACCUAGCUCCCAGAAGUUACCGUUCACCAUGAGCACCUGCUCAUCGUCCACGCUGAACUUCAGGAACUCCGGUGUCCACUCCAGCUGGUACCGAUGGAAAUCCUUAUUGUAGCCCUGCCCGGGCGGUGUUACCUUCGACGCGGUAGCCAUUUCGUACCCAUUCAGGCCCGCGUAGGGACCGAAGUGAAGCGUCGAACCGGUGUGCUCCACACCGAGCUUGUCCCCGUUGAUGCUGUAGUCCAGAUUGCCGCGACUUUCCAUCAGAUCGAUCUCUCCCGAAGCGGGCCAUGUGCCGUACUGAUUGAGCUUCGGCAUAAGCCACAGUGCCGGCCACAGCCAGUCACCUGUGGGGAGUUUUGCGCGGAUCUCCACCUUGCCAUACUUGAAGUUGAACGAAUUGACCGUUCGCACGCGGGCACUCUUGAUGGGGUUGAUGUAGUUCUCCGGAUUUCCCUGACGUUCGCAGCCAAAGUCAGCUGGAUUGG